CAUCAUCAUCAUCCCGCCGCCCGAGAUGAACUUCAUCCCGUCGCCCAGCAACACCGACUUCGUGUACCUCGUGGGGCUCGAGCACGUCGUCGACUACAUCACCAACGAGGACCGGUGAGGCACAUCAUCAUCAUCAUCAUCAUCAUCCCGCCGCCCGAGAUGAACUUCAUCCCGUCGCCCAGCAACACCGACUUCGUGUACCUCGUGGGGCUCGAGCACGUCGUCGACUACAUCACCAACGAGGACCGGUGAGGCACAUCAUCAUCAUCAUCAUCAUCAUCCCGCCGCCCGAGAUGAACUUCAUCCCGUCGCCCAGCAACACCGACUUCGUGUACCUCGUGGGGCUCGAGCACGUCGUCGACUACAUCACCAACGAGGACCGGUGAGGCACAUCAUCAUCAUCAUCAUCAUCAUCCCGCCGCCCGAGAUGAACUUCAUCCCGUCGCCCAGCAACACCGACUUCGUGUACCUCGUGGGGCUCGAGCACGUCGUCGACUACAUCACCAACGAGGACCGGUGAGGCACAUCAUCAUCAUCAUCAUCAUCAUCCCGCCGCCCGAGAUGAACUUCAUCCCGUCGCCCAGCAACACCGACUUCGUGUACCUCGUGGGGCUCGAGCACGUCGUCGACUACAUCACCAACGAGGACCGCAUGCCGCGCUCCUCGGUCCCGGCGGUAUGCGCCCAGUGCGGCUGCGACUUCACGCCGGUGUGGCGCUGGGAGCGGCCUCCGGCGCGGCGCCAAGACGCGACCUUUACGUGCGCGCCCGCCGCCCGCCGACUUUGCGAGUUGUGUGUCUCGGGCAACGUCAAACGCGCGCUUAAGGCGGAGCACACGGCUCGCCUCAAGACGGCCUUCGUUCGCGCCUUGCAACAGGAACAAGAGAUCGAGCGCCGCCUCGCCGCGCCCGCGCCUUCGCCGCCGCCUGCCGCCGCCGCGCCGCUGCCGCCGCCGGCGCACUCGCACCGUCUACAACAGAUGUCGGUGUCGCGCGCCAGCCCGCGGUCCGGCAGCGGCGCGUCCACGCCGGCGCCGCCGCCCGCCGCCAAGCCCGCGCCGCCGCCCUCCAGAUCGCUGAGCUCGUCGGAGUCGACGCGCAGCCACCACUCGGACCGGCGCGAGGCGAGCGACGUGCCCGCGAAGAAAGGUAAAGGAUCGUCUUCGAGCAGCACGAGCCAGGGCAGCAGCAGCAAGCAACAUCAGUUGGCAGCGGCGGCGGCUGCCCAGAUGGCGUUCGAACAACACAGCGCGGCCGCAAUGCAGGCGUUACAACACCAACUACUUAGAGGACACAAGUCUUCUUCAAAUAUCUGGGAAAAUGGACUCAUGUCUGGUCUGAGCGGCGCGGGCGGUUCCGGCGGGAUGUCGCCGGCGGCGGCGGCGGCGGCCAUGAUGCAGUUUUCGCCGCUGUUGUACACCUACCAGCUGGCCAUGGCGCAAGCGUCUGCGCUUGGGAAACGAUCGGGCAAGGGCAGCAGCAGCGGCAGCAGCGCGGCCAUGGCGGCAGAGAUGCAACGCGUGGCCGAGGCGCAGCGGCAGUACCUGCUCGACAUGAUCCCCGGCCAGCACGCCCGCAACCCCUGGCCCAAGAACUAGGGGACACCUAGCGCAGGUGAGACACUAGAGAUGCGGCGCGUGGCCGAGGCGCAGCGGCAGUACCUGCUCGACAUGAUCCCCGGCCAGCACGCCCGCAACCCCUGGCCCAAGAACUAGGGGACACCUAGCGCAGGUGAGACACUAGAGAUGCGGCGCGUGGCCGAGGCGCAGCGGCAGUACCUGCUCGACAUGAUCCCCGGCCAGCACGCCCGCAACCCCUGGCCCAAGAACUAGGGGACACCUAGCGCAGGUGAGACACUAGAGAUGCGGCGCGUGGCCGAGGCGCAGCGGCAGUACCUGCUCGACAUGAUCCCCGGCCAGCACGCCCGCAACCCCUGGCCCAAGAACUAGGGGACACCUAGCGCAGGUGAGACACUAGAGAUGCGGCGCGUGGCCGAGGCGCAGCGGCAGUACCUGCUCGACAUGAUCCCCGGCCAGCACGCCCGCAACCCCUGGCCCAAGAACUAGGGGACACCUAGCGCAGGCCGAGACGCAUCGCAGUGAAGCAUUUUGGGAGUGGAGUAAUUUUAAUUGUGUAGCAUAAGCUAGGUUAAGGAUCUUUCGAACAUUUUAACCAGAUAGAUCAAUUAAUGCACAACAUUUGAAUGAGAUACGUAAACCUUUAUAUUAAGUAAGUAAAUAAAUACAAUCAGUAAAAGGCUAGGUUUAUGUGUGCGAUAAUUUUAAGAGUAACAUGAUCGUUUUGUAUGUGGAUUUUAAGGAAUAAAUAAAUGAUGCAAAUGGUAUGUAAA